GCCCUCGCUCAGUCCGACUCCGACCGCGGCCCCGCUACGUGUUUACGCGCUACUUUCUAUAAAAUUUCCAUAUACACGUACAAUUUUAGAUAAUAAGUACGACUAUACAGAGAAGACUUGUUUGUUCCUCAAUAGAUAUAAGGCGGCAAGAUGUUGAAAGUGGGCGUGGUCCUGUGCUUGGUGGCUGCGGUGAACAGCCAGUGUUUCUACCCCGACGACUCAGCUAAGAAGCUGGACCCGAGCGCCCGCACUUCCCUGUACCACGGCCAGCUGGACUUCACGCUAAAUCUCUUCAACAGCAUCAACAAGGCUGUGCCAGAAGAUAACAUAUUCUUCUCGCCGUUCUCCGUCUACCAUGCGCUGUUGUUGGCCUACUUCUCUUCUGGUGGAGCGACCGAGAAGGCACUGAAGACGUCCUUGCAGAUUAAUGAGAAUUUGGACAAGGUGAACCUGCUGACGGCGUACAAAGUGGACAAGCGCAGCCGCGCCGUAAACCGCAACGCCGACUCCUACGAGUUCACCAACGCCAACAAGAUAUUCGUGGACACCGACCUCAACACGCGCCAGUGCUUCGCGGAUAUGCUCAACGAUGAGCUUGAGGCUCUGAACUUCCACGAGAAGCCAGCGGAAUCCAGGAUCCAUAUCAACGACUGGGUGGCUAAAGUGACCAAGAACAACAUUAAGGACUUGCUGCCAGAGGACGGGGUAUCAGAGGCGACGAAAGUGGUUCUGGCCAACGCCGCUUACUUCAAAGGAGUGUGGGCGUCCAAGUUCCCCGCUGAGAACACCAAGAAACAGGUGUUCUUCGUCAACGAAACCAGACAGACCCUCGUACCGUUUAUGAGACAAAAAGGACACUUCCAUUACAUGAUCAGCGACGAGCUGGGCGCCCAGAUCCUGGAGCUGCCGUACAAGGGGGAGGAUAUCAGCAUGUACAUCUUCCUGCCGCCCUACACCAUGAAGGACGGAGUGAGCAACAUAAUCGCGAACCUGACUCCGGAGCGUCUGGCGGCGGUGGUGGAGGAGAGCUACACCACGCGCGAGGUCAUCGUCGAGAUACCCAAGUUCACCGUCGAGAAGGGGCUGCCUAUGAGGCCGAUCUUGGAGACCAUGGGAGUGGGUGACUUGUUCAGUGAGAAGUCCGACUUCACCACGCUGUCGGAGGACAAGGGGAUACUGUUCGACGACGCCGUACACAAGGCCAAGAUUCAGAUCGACGAAGAAGGCACGGUAGCUGCAGCGGCGACGGCCAUCUUCGGUUUCCGGUCGUCGCGGCCGGCGGAGCCGAGCGUGUUCAUCGCCAACUUCCCCUUCGUUUACGUACUGUAUGAACGACUCACCAACUCCGUCCUCUUCAUGGGCGUCUACAGAGAUCCAAAGAAGUAAACUCAGUAGUCACUAAGGUCUUGAUGUAAUAUCGACAGAAAUUAGCGUCCUAGACAAGUGGCAAAACGCCAACGCUAACGCUACAACGCUAGCGUAAGCGUUUUGCCACUUGUCUAGGACGCUAAUUUGCUCUCGCUGCUCGAACUUGUCACUGGGAUGCUUUUUAAUUCAAAAUAAAACAUUUCUAAGGUACCUUCUGUACACUUUAGGUGCGACCUUGUGUCCAAAAAUAUUUAAACAUUCCAAAGGCAAAUGCCACUGGACAUUUACUAACAUCAAUGUGUGCGUGUGCAGGAUUCAACAAUUCUGUAAAACGAUUUUUAUAUA